AUGUCGCUCUACGCGAGCUACAAAGCAUACCUAUUCGGCAACGUGGCCAUUGUGAAGGCGGAAGCUGCAGCGCUGCUCUGCUGCUUCGUGGACAGCAUUUGGAACAAGGAGGGUCGAACGCCCUUCCAGCCGCUGAUCCCAGAGGUUUGCAACGUCAUGGCGCAGCUGGCAUCAGGUGAUCCGACGCACUUGAACACGGUGCUGCAAGCCUUCCAGGCCACCACCGAGACGGCGGACUUCUUCAAGCACCACAUCGCAUCCCACCUCAUGCCCGUGCUGUGCGGCAUCUCCAAGUCUCAUCAGGAGGAGUCGUGCCGGAAGUACGCCUUUGAGGUGAUCAUAUCCUUCAUGGAGGGCAAACCGAAAAUGAUGAUCAAGGUGCCCAGCUACAUCGAGCAGGCCCUGGACCUUUGCGUCCACUUCAUGGUUCAGCUCAAUGACGAUGUGAUGAGCUGGAUGCAGCAGGAUGAUGAUGAUGGCGAAGACGAGGAAGAGCUCUUCAACAUUGGCAAGGAGGCGGUUGAUCGCAUCAGCCGAUGUGCCGUGAAGGUUGAUGCCUUCCCACCUCUGCUGGAAGGCCUGAAGCAGGCCGUCACGAAACUCUUCCAAACGGGCGAAUGGAAGCAGGUUGUGGCUGGUAUCUCUACUCUAUCCAUGAUUGCAGAGUAUGUGGACGACGAGGCCACCGUGGCGCAGAUGAUGCAAGGCAUCAAGAUGCAGUUGGCGGCCACCAACGCGAAGAUUCUGCCCCAGCUGCUGUUGUUGGUACUGCUGGCGCAGUUCCAGGCAUUUUGCAACGCGCCCAUCUCGGUCAAGCAACCAGCAGUGAAGCUUGCUGCUGAGGCUAAGAAGAAAGAGAGACCAGCCGUUGAUGAGCUGCGAAGCCGUCUUGCAAAGGUCCUGGGCAGAGAGACCACCAAGGAAGAUGUCGUGUGGCGAUACCAGGCCACUUUGGAGUUGCCGUGCCUACAAAACUUCUCGUCCACUUCCGCCGGCCAAGUCACGUUCGACGGCUUGACUUCCGACGAGUGCCGAAGGAAGGCCGCGGCGGCGGUGUUGGCGGCCAUAGACUUUGAGAAGCUGCAAAAGGAGGCCACCGAGCUUGGCCUUGCGCCCAAAGCCUCGGGGAAGGCCAAGACAGAGAAGGCGCCCAAGGCGAAGAAAGCCAAGGGCGCAGCGGGCGCCAAGAAAGCCGAGCCAGAAGAAGGCAGCUUUGAGAUUGGCCAAGAGGUGGAGGGCAAGGUGGUGAAGCAGACACGACAAAACCUCCGUGUAGAUUUGGGUGGACUGGAGGCAGUGAUCCCCGCCGCGGAGAUCUGCGACGGCUUCCCCUCGGAGGUGCCGGCGCUGAACUCCUCGGUGAAGGCUCGGGUGCUCUCCUCAAGCCCUUUGCGCCUCACCCUGCGCGAGGGCAGCCUGGAGAGACUUGAGAAACCCUCGCUGAAGGUUAAUAUUGCGCUCAUGGAGGGGGUUGACAGCACCGAGAAGCUAGACGCGGAGGUGGUCGACUUCAGCAUGUCGGAGGCCACCCUGCGGCUGCCGCGCGGGGACUCCGAGACUUUGGCGUUUCUGCCGAGCAACGACUUUGCGGAUGGCUUGGAGAUCAAGGUUGGAAGCAAGGUCCAGGUGAGGAGAAAAUUCGAGCAGAAUCGACGCGUGGUGGUGAGCAUGCUUCCACCGAACAAAAGCCCAGAAGACGUGCUGAAGCCGGGUGAUGAGUUGGAGGGCUCGGUGGAAAGCAUUCUGCGAGCAGACAGGAGGCCUGCAGCCUUUGUGGAUGUUGGCUUUGACCGGCCAGCCUACCUGGACUGGCAGGAGACGGCAGACGGCUGGCCGGAGAAGGUCUUCAGGAACCUCAAGAUCGGUAAGAAGCUCAGCUGCCGGGUCAUCAAGAUCAUGGGUGACCGCAUCUACAUCACUCGCCGAUCCGGAGACCUCGAGCGUCUUAGCUUCCGGGAUCGGCAAAAUGUCACCCAGGAGGUCCGGGAUCUCUUCGCGGCAAUCCCGGAGGAUCAGUGGAUGGACGCGCAGGUCCAACGGCUUUACCCCAAGCAGGCGGUGGUCGUGGUGAAGGCACCCGACGGCACCGAAGCGGAGGGGCUGGUGCUGAAACGCUUCCUGUCAGAGGAGUUCCUGAACUCCGCAGCACCGAACCAGGCGGUGAAGGUACGCCGACUAGCCAAGCAGAACAAGUCCUCAGGAAACCUUCGAGUCAUGCUGACCAUGAAGGAAGUAGAGUCCAAGGGCGCCAAGACGAGCGAGCCACAGAAGAAGGAUUCCGUAUCCGAGUCCGCAACGUCCACGAAGACAACUGAUCCCUUGUCGGACUUGACGGACUUUGUAAGGGCCGAUAAAUCAACGCAGGAAGCCGGUGAGGAGUCGCAGGAGCUCAAGGAUUCCGUAUCCGAGUCCGCAACGUCCACGAAGACAACUGAUCCCUUGUCGGGCUUGACGGACUUUUUAAUGCGCUAG